GACGACACUUCAAGUGAAAAUCAUCGCGUAACAAUAUUUCGAUACAAUAACUAUUAUGUCCAUUAAUACGACACGUUUCGCUGGAUUAACUGGAUUGGUGUUAACCGCCGGGCUGUUGUGUAUCAUCACACCAUACGUAUCGGCUACGACAGUCCCGGUAGCACUCGAGGAUGACAACCUUGACUGUGUAUUUGAGCGGGAUUUUUGUGGAUGGAAACCUUACAUUGUUAACAGCACGUGGAGACGAUCCAACACGUCAGAUGGCGCUAUCAACGGUAUUCGACCACCGAACGGAACUGAUUGGAUGGCUUACGCUAUCUCUACGAGUGAAUCGUGGGCGGAACUGGAGUCCCCCGAGUUCACCCACACCGACCCGGCAAACCUGACCUUUGCCGUAGUACAGACCCGUUCGGACUUCGGGUCGCGCAUCCACCAAGCACAGUUGUUUCUGCGCACGGUGAAAGAGACCGAUACCCAGAUGAUCUGGUCGACGGUGUCGAGUUUCAAGUGGACCCGGCAGAGUGUCAUAAUACCACCCGCUAUUAACAUUAGGCUGCUCUUCCGCUUUCGUGUUGGCUUCGAUCGCCAGAUUGCCGCCAUUGCCAAUAUUAACGUCAGAAUUCUGCCGGGUUAUGUUAUGAAUUCAACUGAACCUUCAACUACGAAAGAAUCGAAGCAACGACGCACACAAGUCGCAGUGGACUUGGACAAAGAUGUUUCAUGUAGUUUCGCCUUGGAUGAAUGUGGAUGGGCGUACAGCGCGGAUUCGGAUGUUUCCUGGCGGCGAACGAAAGAAGCCGGUAGUCCGUUCUUGUCCGUCGAGGCGCCAAGGAAUUCUUCAGAUCCAUACUUUCUUGAAUUUCGUGGAGUGGAAAGCAACGAGAUCGUUCGCUCUUACAUCAUCUCCGAGCCGAUCCACAACCAGCGACCCCGCAACCUGUCCUUCUAUUACACAAAACGCGGCGAAAACUAUGCCGGUUCCGUAUUCGAACUGCUGCUGGACCGCUUAGACGAGAAUGUCCACAAUAUUACCAUGAGGAACAGCAGUCAUAAGGUCAUCUGGUCGGCCCCCAUCGAGACUGAUUAUCAGAAGCGCAAGUGGAAGCGCACCACGGUGCUCAUUAACGAUACGGGAACGAUUUCGCUUCGCUUCAUCUGCGCAGCCAACUAUUACAUCUUCUGCGGGAUUGACGAUGUUGUACUCCAGGAUGAGAUCGAGACUCCAAAUUCGGCGACAUCGGUUGUAGUGCAGUUUUUGACAAUGCUCAUUAGUGUGAUUGUGCUGCUAGAUCACGUCACUUUCUCGUAAAAUCUUUAAUCGGAGAAUUGCAAGGUUCUCGGCAAUAACUGUAGCAUAACGUAAUUCUCAAGGAAGUGUCAAAUGUAAUUUUAACCGUUUCCUUUGAAGUAUGCACAACCGUG